AUUUUAUAUAGUUUUAAAAUAGUGUCAGUUUUUAAAAAAAAAUAAGUAUUUCAAAAUGGAAUCACUAAACGUAAUAUAUAAGAAUUUUGCAUCAAAAUUUUGGAACGAAGACGUUUGGUUACCACCAAAUACAACAUGGAACGAUUUAACACCCGGUAGAAAUGGUAUUAAUUACACAGAUUACCGACAUUUAGUAUAUCCAAUACCAAUGGCUGCGGUUAUGUUAGUAUUACGAUACGUAUUAGAACGAUAUUGGUUUGCGCCAGUGGGCAGGCGAGUUGGUAUUAAGUAUACGCGAAGUAAGAAGGCUACACCGAAUGUAAUAUUAGAAAAAGCGUAUAAUCAAAAUAAGCAUCCGAGUCAUCGACAAAUUGUUGGUUUAGCGAAACAAUUAGAUUUAACCGAACGUCAGAUCGAACGUUGGCUACGUUUACGAAAGAGCCAAGACAAACCAUCAACCUUAACGAAAUUUUGUGAGAAUGCAUGGAGAUGCUUGUACUACACGUAUUCCUUUAUAUAUGGUGUAUAUGUAUUAUGGGACAAACCUUGGAUAUGGGAUAUCAAUUAUUGUUGGUAUGGAUACCCACAUCAAGGCUACACCGAUGACAUCUGGUAUUAUUACAUGAUAUCGAUGAGUUUUUAUUGGUCGUUGUGUUUCUCUCAAUUUUGGGAUGUUAAACGCAAAGAUUUUUGGCAAAUGUUUAUACAUCAUAUUGCCACGAUUUUAUUAAUGGCGUUAUCGUGGAUUUGUAAUUUAUUCCGGAUUGGUACUUUAGUUUUAGUUGUACACGAUUGUGCGGAUAUUUUAUUAGAAUUGGCAAAAAUGUUAAAAUACAUGGGCUGGCAAAGUAUGUGCGAUUGCGUAUUCGGUAUCUUCACAUUAUUAUGGAUCAUCACAAGAACUGGCUUCUAUCCAUUCUGGAUUAUCCGUUCCACAUCAAUUGAAGCCCCAAAAAUUCUACCAAUGUUCCCCGCUUACUACAUAUUCAACACUUUACUCCUAUUACUGUUAGUCUUACAUAUAAUUUGGACCUGGCUAAUAUUACGCAUCGCAUACCAUGCACUACGAGCCGGACAAAUGGAAGGUGAUAUACGUAGUUCAUCGAGUUCAACAGACGAUUCAAUUGGCGUUGGUGAUUCAACGUUAACAUCAUCAACAAAUAGUACACAGCGAAAUAGUACCACAGUGCCUCCUGGUGACAAAUUUGAGAAUGAUACAGCGAGUAUAUCGAAUAAUGGUGAUAUUAGUAAAGACUUGGCUAAUGUCGCUCAAAAUAGUUUAGCUAAUAGUGAAGUGAAUGUUAUUGAGUCGACAUCGUCGUCAUCUUCGUCCCAAAUUCAUCCCACAACUCUAGGUUAGAUCUCUUUAUUAUAAAUUUUCCUAUGUUUUUCUCUUUUUUUUUUUUUUUUAAU